GUUUGAUGGGGCAUCGGGCGGAUGACAGCGGGAACGGUUGUGAUCACUGGCGGAAUCCUAGCUACGGUGAUCCUGCUCUGCAUCAUCGCUGUCCUGUGCUACUGCCGGCUUCAGUAUUACUGCUGCAAGAAGAACGCAGCCGAGGAGGCAGACGAGGAGGAGGAGGAGCAUGACCUCCCCACGCACUCCAGAGGCCCCACCUGCAAUGCCUGCAGCUCCCAAGCCCUGGACGGCCGGGGCAGCCUGGCGCCUCUCGCCCGCACCAGCGAGCCUUGCAGCCAGCCAUGCAGGGCGGUGGGCAGCCACUGCACCACCUGCUCCCCAUACAGCUCCCCCUUUUACAUACGGACGGCUGACAUGGUGCCCAACGGGGGAGGCGGCGAGAGGCUCUCCUUCACUCCCACGUACUACAAGGAGGGGGGACCCCUGCCCCUCAAAAUGGCAGUGCCCCACAGUUACCCGGUGACCUGGCCAGGCUCUGGGCAUGAGGCUUUCACCAAUCCAAGGGCUAUUAGUACAGACGUGUAACCCCGAUCACCCCCCUACCCGUACACCCACCAACACUGUUGCCCCAGCAGGGGCAAUGUAGGCAGUGGAUCACCCCCCAACAGCCCCACAAGGACUCUCUGGUUCCUUUGGUUUUUCUUGCCCCACAGGGACAGGGUUCACCAAGAUUCAAGGUACA